UAAAGCUGUCUGUGCAGCAUGCAGGGACAGCUCCCAGGUGCUUGGCCACAAUGUGGGUGCUUAUGCCACUUGCUUUUGCUGGAAUGCUGCUGAAGGCUUUUAGGCAGCAGCUGAGUUCUCUGUGGUCGGCUCUGGUUCCACUGUUCUCCUUUCUCAGGACAUUUUGGUUGGCAGGUCCCCAGAGGAAGCAGCAGCAGCAGCAGCAUAAAGAAUCACAAGCUGAGAAUCAAAAGGUAGAAGACGACCUGCCCAUUACUCCCACCAGCGUCAACUAUCAUUUCACGCGCCAGUGCAACUACAAAUGUGGCUUCUGUUUCCACACUGCCAAAACGUCUUUUGUGCUGCCCCUUGCGGAAGCCAAGCGCGGACUGCUUUGGCUUAAGGAUGCAGGUAUGGAGAAAAUAAACUUUUCAGGGGGAGAGCCAUUUAUUCAUGACCGAGGAGAAUACUUAGGCGAGCUGGUGAAGUUCUGCAAAGUAGAUCUACAGCUACCGAGUGUCAGCAUUGUGAGCAAUGGAAGCCUGAUCCGGGAGAACUGGUUCCAGCGUUAUGGAGACUAUUUGGACAUUCUUGCUAUCUCUUGUGAUAGCUUCAAUGAGGAAGUGAAUGUCCUUAUUGGUCGGGGUCAAGGAAAGAAGAACCACGUUGAGACUCUCCAGAGACUGAGGAGGUGGUGCAGGGAUUACAGAGUGGCGUUCAAGAUCAACUCGGUGAUUAAUCGGUUCAAUGUGGACGAGGAUAUGAAUGAGCAGAUCAGAGCCCUCAACCCUGUCCGCUGGAAAGUUUUCCAAUGCCUGUUAAUUGAUGGGGAGAAUUCUGGUGACGAUGCGCUGAGAGAAGCAGAAAGAUUUGUCAUUAGUGAUGAAGAGUUUGAUGGAUUCUUAGACCGCCACAAAGAGAUUUCCUGUUUGGUGCCUGAAUCAAACCAGAAGAUGAAAGAUUCCUACCUUAUUCUGGAUGAAUAUAUGCGCUUUCUGAACUGUAAAAAUGGACGGAAGGAUCCUUCGAAGUCUAUCCUGGAUGUUGGAGUAGAAGCAGCUAUAAAAUGCAGUGGGUUUGAUGAGAAGAUGUUCCUAAAGCGAGGAGGGAAAUACAUGUGGAGCAAAGCAGACCUGCAGCUGGAGUGGUAAUGCGGGAAGUGGGAGAAGCCUCCAGGUCAGCUGUAGAAACCCGGACCCGCUCCAACUAUGGCCGCCACCAUCAGCAAUGCUGUGUUUGGCCUUUCUCAGUGGCCAGAUCUAUGACAUCAGAUUCUGUAUGACAGCCAAGCACAUAUUCACGUGGACAGUUGAAAUCCACAGAUAAUCGAAGAAAAAAACAUGCACCUUAUAAAUAGUGUCUUCAUCUAAUUGCUACUGAAAAAGUACCCCAGUUCUGGGUCUUGGUAAAUUGUACAAGGGACAGAGUAACAAGAACAACAAAUAAGCUACCCAGAUAGACCUCCCAGAAUCCUGUUCAAAGAAAUAAGCUGAAAUCUUUGUAGAGUUGAUAUUAAUCGGGAUUUGACUUUUAUAAGCAAUGCUCAUUCUGACUUCAGGAUAUCCAUUCUGCAGCUAUGUUUUCAAGUUUAUUCUGUUGACAUCAGUUUCUUCUGACCAAUAUUGUGUUGCUCAUUGUUACAUGCAGAGAACUGGCAGAAUCUCCUCCACCUGUUUCUUUUUGCAGUGUUUUCUCCUUUUUUGCCUUCGUUGCACUGCAACCUUUUAAAUAUAAGGAUAAUCAACAGAUGUUUCUCACAGUCACAAUUUUACCAGGUUUCAAUGACAUAGUAAGUGGAGGGGCUGUAGGGGAGGGUUCCCAGUGACCACUCAAGGAAUGCUGGUUUCGACAGUGUCCCCCUCUCUCCAGAGGUUCUUGAAAAGCCCCUUUGCAUUCCAUGGUGAAGUUGGCACGGUCCUUGUUGGCGUGAACUUAGGACUGGAGCAGCACUAGCCGGCCAAAUCAAAGGCAUCUGGAAUUUUUUGAGCAUGAUUGUCGUCACCGCUCUGAACGAGUCUGAGGAGUUGCUGUGGCUGCUCUAAGCAGCACCAGUGCCUUCGAAAGAAUGCCAUGAGAAUAUGGGAUGUCGCUGGGUUUUAGGAGAUGGGGAUAGGCUAGAAUUUUAUAUUUCUCAAUUAACUCUGAAUUGAUCAAAACAAGAUACAAUCUAGGUCAAUGUGAAAAGACUCGGCGCCUUUUCCAGUCCAGUGAAGGAGAGCUCAGUCACUGAGGGGACACACAACUGAAACCGGUAGAAGAGAAAUCCUGCUGUGGUACAAAUAGCACAUGUGGUCUAUUUAUGUAACUGAGAAUCUCAUUGUCUGGAAAAUAGUCGUUUCCUGUCAUUGUUUCAGAAAGCAAAAUCAUGGGAUGUUUUCAGCUAACAGCAAGAAAACAGCCACUUAAAUUUGGCUGCAAUUCUAGAAUGAACCACUAGGUGGCAUUCAAAUGGUUCUGGCUUCUUUGAGCAGCCCGCCAGAAAUGUGGUUUCAAAAUCCUGUCACAUUAAGUAUACUGUCAGGCAAAUAAAAUAAAAAAAAAAAGGUAUUUUCAGGGUUUCUUGAUUCUGGAAAGUUUUGAGUUUUUGCCCAUUAUUUAUCAGAAAAGAUAUUACUACAUCAAUUUCUAAUCACUAUAACUGAACUAAAAAUCUAUGUGACCUAUGAUAGGAUGUCAUGAAUUCCCCAUUCCCGCAGCCCCCUUUUUUUAAAAAGAAAAAACAAAUCCUUUGGAAAUAAUUUUCUCUAUGGGGUUAAAAGACUUCUAAACUAUAAUGACAUUACUAUAGUCAACAUAGACACAUAUACAAGAAAAACAUUGUUUGACAAAGAAAGGCCAUUUAUUUAUAUGAAAUUACUCAACAAAUUGUCAAAUGCAGAAUGGACACUAUCAAUGUUAGUUGAAACCAAAUCUGAAAUUCACAUCCUCUGAAUUGGAGUGAAUGUUUUUCAAAACUAAAAUUUUCUUUCCUAAUAGAGAAAAACACAGCUAAAAAACAAAAACUUGAACUUAAGAAAUAAACUAUUUAAAAUAUACUUUCCAGCUGUCUUAUCCACUUAUCCACUGUCGUCUGUGCCCUAGCAUUUGGCUUUAGGAUUUAAAAUAAUAUUUUUUCUUAAGAGACGAUAAAGAAUUUUAACAUUAGGAUAGAAAUCACUUUGGCUUAUAUAGCAUUUUGCUUUAUUAUUCGCGUUUAAAAAAUGAGUGUUAGGUUUUUAAAAUACAUUUUUUUUGGGAAAACAAAGUUUAAAAUGAAAUGUCUCAAUUCUAAAUGCUAGGUUCAAAUGCUUUGCAGUACUUUUAAGUAUUGUUUAAGUUUACAUCAUAAUAACAUGAGUGGUAUUUUGUCUCAAGAAGGUUAGACAUUAUUUGUAGCAUAUUGGUUUAAAAAGUACUAAUUAUGUCUGUUAUGUAGUGAUAAGUGUUAUGAAAAUUAUGUUUUCUUCACAUUUGAGAUGAGUCAGAACAUUUUGAGUCCGUGUCUUAUUUCUCUGCAGAGUUCAGAAACUAGCUAUAGACAAGUAGGGGAGUGAGACUAAGAUCAUCGAGCAAUCAACUAAUGUAGCUCUAUUGAGAAUAAUUGGUUUAAUAUGCCCCUCUCAUGGAAAGAUUGCUCUUUAACCAUUUGUGAUUGAUAAAGACAAAUGCUGCUGUACAAUUUUAAGACUUACUCUUGAGUGUAUAGAUGAGGUCUUAACUAUGUAAAUAUGUUUCUGAGUGUAGUACUGUAAAUAUUGGGCUAAAGUAAU